GUGAGCUGAAUCAGUUGGAAGGUGGCUGGGGGUUAUACACGUCGCCCGUCACCGUGGAUGCCAUGGAUGGGAUCACCGAUGGGCUCCUGAAGGGUGGCGGAGCCAGCACAGAUGAUGAGGACUCAGAUCAACGGCACGCAAGUGAAGCUGACGCCGGUCCAGAGACUGUGCAGGCUCGUUCAGGAAAAGAGACUAAUCGUGCCAGUGAGGAGGCUUGCCAGAAGAUGGAAGCCCAUGCUUCAGAGGGGGAGACCGCUGUGGCAGACCUUCAGGUGGAUCUGAAUGCCGAGGAGGAAAAGGCUCGCGCGGAUCUCAAACAAAAAUCCCUGUCUGCAGCUGAGCAGGAGCUUGAACAGGGCAAACAAGAGGUCUCCAACUUGAGUCACAAGUUCGAGAUGGAGAGGCAAAAGAGCGUGGGCUUGAGUGAGGCACAUUGGACCUUGCAGCCAGCGGAGGCAGAGCAGCCGCAGGUGUUCGACAUCAGCACAGAUGAUGAGUUCGAGGAGCUGGUUUUGCCGGAGAUGCCCUUCGCUCCUCCCGAGAGUGAGUACAGCGACGACAGCGACAAUGAGACCACGGAGCACCUCGCGCAGUUCCCACAGGCAGCGAAGCCGCAGAUGUUCGACAUGAGCACAGAUUCGACUGCCGAGUGCAAGGGGCAGGUGGCCAACGACGACGAACUCUCCAACGCGAAAGCAAAGACUGAUUUCAAACCAAGGACGCGGUGGGGCAAGGUGGAUCGGAGGAAGGCCGCUGGAAAGGUAUCGGCUCAAAACUCCCUCAUCGGUUCGUGCUGGAAGCUCCCCAAACUGCUACAGAAGUUGCAACAGCAUCACUCAAGCGACCCCGUGCACAUUGCCCGCAUCAAAGAAGAAAUGGCGACCAAUGCAAUGAGUCCAUGGAGGUGCCAUACUUGCAAGAAAGUAUGCAGUGCUGCUCAUCAGUUUUGUGGAAUCUGUGGAGUAUCCUGGCACUUGUGUUCAGAUCCAACGUUCCAGCCCCCACAGAAGCAUUCCAAGAGCCAGAGAUCAGUCCAGUGGAGCUAUGCCACCGAUUGGCCUGCCCAAGACUGGGCAGAUCAACAAUGGACACAAGACCAAACAGACAGCAAUCAGUGGACAACGUCACCAAGAAGGAGGCCAUCCUCAAGGAGAAAGUCCUCAAGGAAAGGAAAACAGAGGGAUCCGGACCAAUGCAAAGGUCACAAGGGCAAGGGCAAAAAUACCAAUGCCGAGACCGACAGAUUUGGCCCCCCUGUACUUCCAUCGAAUCCAGCAGAGCCACCUUGGUUGUCAACCAUGCAAUCAAUUGCUGCAACGAUGCCACCUCCUACGCAACCAGCGGUGGAAGACAAACAGCUCAAGACCAUGAUGGCAGCGCUCAAAAAGCACAGCGAAGCCUUGCCAGCAGAGCUCCAAACGAUGGUCAACGAAGCAGCAAUCAAGGAGGGUCAACAACAGACGAAACAACUCCAUGCAGUAGUUGCAGCACAUGGCAGAGCCCGCAAAGAGCUCCAGCAAGCGCAGUUGGCCAGGUUCAACCUGCACAAUGCCUGGCGUGGGUUCUUGAGCCAAGCAGUAACCCAAUGGCAAGGUUACAGUGCUCAGUUCCUAGACCAAGAGAAGCAGAUGAACGAAAGGGUGACAACAGCCAUGGAGGCCCUGGAACAAGCCAAGGAAAGCCUUGCAAAGGCCAAAUCCACGGCUGGCAUCGAAACCAAAGAGGAUGCCAUGGCUGUAAGCGACGAGGAAGCCCAGGACCUCGCAGGCCCUACAGCAGACAGAAUCAAGGAAGGGCUUACAAACCUUCAGACAAGUUUGGAAGCUCUCCAGACAUCUGCUGCUCAGAUGGUCGAAGACGAACAAAAGGCAUUGAAGCGGAUAGGUGAAGAAGAGUCUGCCACCUUCCAUGACUUUCAGGUUCAUGUGGACGCCAUUGAAUCAGUUGUGAAGCCAUGGUCAUUGCACGCUAAGGGCGGUUAUCGUGAGCUAGCACUCGACGAGUUGAAGGUCAUUGCCAGGUUGCUGUCCACCAAUUCAACCUCACAAAGAGUGUCCUUUCCAGGUGAACAGCAACUCCUGAUUGCUGCCUGGCAGACGGAUAAUCCGAGGCCGGUGAGGCAUGGAUCCUACGCCCAAGUAGUAGUCCCCCCUCUAGCCACUCAUGAGGUGCCCACACAGACUGCAGUUAGUGUUGUACAGCAGGUUGCUGAAGAUGACAAUGCCCUUAGUGACCUGCUUGACAUGUCGGAUCAUGACGAUGCCACGUUUCUGACCCAGUUUGCCUCCACACGACGGUUGCCCAAUCUGCCAGGGCCUGCACAGAAUGUGCAACCGCCCAGACCGGCAUGGCAUAUUGAGCUGCACUCCAUAUUCCUUGACCACGGAACCGUGCAUCAUCAGGAAACAGGCAUUAGUGUCUUGUUGGACGUUGGUGAUCACCGCACUCGAUUGUCGCACCCAGCCAGUAGCAGUCAUGAAGUGCCACAGGACCCACAUCUCAGUGCAGAUGAGGAUGCCAUUGAUGCCGACAGUGGGCAGACUGGCUUCAGCCUGGCCAACCGGUUGACCUAUACGUUUUAUACGUUGACACCAGGCCUGGUCACACGAGAGAUCCUCUUUGAGCAAGCCGGCAUAGCUCAACACCAAGUGGAUCGAGAUGAGAAUGAUGAAGGCUAUGUUCGGCAUGUACAGCAGUCCUUUCUGGAGAUCCUGAAGGUUCAUCUCCCUGCCCAUCCUCAAGCAUGGAAGCAACGCAUCAUGAGAGCAUGGCAAGACUACCUGCUGCCGGAUCUCCCAGUAGAUGUUGAGGUCGUUCAACCAUCGCCACUUGGCAUGGAAGCGCAUGCAGUUGCACAUGUUCUGGUAACCCAGCAACAACAGCCAGGUUUUACGUCGAUUUUGCUGACCACUGUCGACAAUGCAAUGCCAGGCUCAUACCGCAGACAUGCCACCAUGGUCCCGUUGCUGGUGCGCCGAGAAACCAUCCUUGCAUUAGCCUUCAUUGGACCUGACUGCAAUAGCCAAGCCAAUACGUGUGAAGCAUGGCUUGCUGAUACUGAGUUAGAUCCCCUAGUCCCCAACCAGGUGACUCCAGCUCAGUCUGCAACGGCAGCCAUCCAUCGCCACACAAGACCUGCCCCAGAGGAACCAGACCCCUGGGAUCAAGCAGUCCCGAGGAACAAGGCCUUUCCUGUUCAGAUAUGCUUGCAAGCGGUCAUCCCCGAUGAACGGGUUGCCCCGUCCUUAGACACACAGCCUGAUGCACCGCAGCUCCUAUGGUUUGCGAACGAUGCAUGGAAGAUCACCUUGGAAGAAGAAUGUGCUUGUCCCAUCCUUUCACUUCCUGAUGGCAUGCAUGUUCCAGACCCUGCGUAUUGGGCUCUCCUCCAGUCACCGCCCACUGACGCUCAUGCUGACCUCAGCUACACCCUUUUCCUAGAUGGGGUUUGCAUCCGCCCAGACCUGUCCUUAAGCCGAACAGUUGCCACUGCCGCCACCACAUGCAACGCCUGGAAUGAGUUGGCCGACAGUAUCGCAAAAUGGGCUAUGCAACACCACAGCAACCCACUCAAGGGUCAGUUCGAGCAGCUCCAUCAACUGGCCUCGAAUGCACACGAUGUCAACUGGACAUGGAUGCAGACGACACACCCGUCAAUAACGGCUUGCUUCCCACCGCUGUUGCAACAACAAGUGAUGCAUUUCUCCCCAUCUAACAAAAAGCUUGGAGUCCUACCGACUGAGCGGCUCCAGCCAGCUGAGCAACAGGAGGGAUCCACAUGGAAUCUCCAGGUUUGCACUGCUAAUGUCCUUGCCACGGAAGUCUGGCAAUCCCAAACCAUAGGCACCAAACGUACCGGUCAGAGGACACUACGGUUAGACAGCCAAUGGCACAAGGCCCAGCUUCACAUCAUAGGCAUCCAAGAAGCACGGACUUCUCAAGGCAGAUUUCAUGCACCUCACUAUCACAUCUUUGCCUCAGGGGCCAAGCACAAACGAUCCCCGCUUUAUCCCAAUGCAUAUGCCAUGGUUGUCCUGCAUGCGCCUAGUUUGGCGACCCCCAGUCAGGAGAACCCCAAUCCCAUCACCGAUGCCUCCCAGUGGUGGGCAGAAACAAGUAAUCUCUACACCAAGCAUGUUACAGCUGAUGCACAGUGGGUUCUCAUUGACGCCAACGCACCAGUCACCCAAGGAGAUGGAGACCUCAUUGGACGGCAUGGAGCAGAACCGGCCAACAAAGCAGGUGUCCUCUUUGAAGAGUUCAUCCAACACCACCAACUGGUCGUUCCAUGCACCUUCCCUCAAUUGCACAGCGGGCCCACAACAACAUGGACCCACAGCACAGGCAAAAAGAGUAGAAAGGACUAUGUGCUAGUGUCCAGGUCAGUCUACCCGCUUGCCGAGUUCAAAGCUGAACUCCGCCUGAUUGAAAAGGACGUGGCUCGCAAAGUGGAACAAGACAUCCAAUGCUUCUACACAGACCUGCUCCACCAACUGCAGUCCUCUGGGGAGCUUGCCAAUCACCGUUUGGUUUACAAACUCCUGCACCGCCUCGGGCGCAAGAAGGGAACUGGACAAUUUGGACUCACCCCAGCAGAGAUCCAAGACCUGGUGACUGUUGCUCAACAGGAUGAUGCCACCCCAGGACUUGCCUUACAUUUGCAACACGUCUUACGUGACCUGAUGCACAACACUUACUUCACCAUUGCCGGAUUGGCCAACCCGUGCCAAACCACAAGGGGGACCAGACCAGGGGACCCGGUAGCUGAUGUGCUCUUCAACCUAUGCAUGUGUCUCAUAUUGCGAGACUUCCGCCAGGAUGUCAAGAUGCAAUCCGGCCUGCCUUGGCUGGGUACUGCUACCCCAGUCACAGACCUUGCACAGACCACUACCAUGCCUGCAGCAGGGUUUGUCGACGUUACUUUCGUGGAUGACUGUGUAGUCCUGCUGCAUAACCGCUCCAACAGUCAAGUUGCCAGCAACCUGCAAACAGUCGUCAUUGCCUUGGAUAAAGCCUCAACCCGUCGAGCUGGCACCUUGCCCAAAGGGCUGUUACUGCCUUCUACACGCUACCAACAUACCACAGACGAAAUGAUGGCGUAUGCUGGCAUUUUGCCACUGCAAGACCAGGUCCAUGCCAACCGGCUCCGUUUCCUGGCGCGCCUGUUGCAAGCAUGCCCUCCAAUCACCUGGACACUGUUGCACUCCACCCAGGGCCAGCAUUCCUGGAUCAACCACUGCCUCGAAUCAUGUCAAUGGCUCCUCACACAUUACGACCGUCCCUUGCCGAUGACUGAAGCAUCCACUUUCAUGGAGUGGGUUAACUUUGUCCGGCUUGAUCCCAACUGGAAAGGCAGAAUUCGCAAAACUAGCAAGCUUGCUCUGUCCUUUCACCGAUCCAGGGCGGAACAUGCCAUUUGGCAGAGGCACUUUGACGCUACCCUCCGGGCAGCAGGAGCCACCUUGCCAGACAAGACCUUGCCUGAACGAUGGCAGUGUGACCUCUGCCACAAAGUUUUUGCAUCCACCAGAGCGCUGGCCAUGCAUGCAGCCCGAGAGCAUGGAUAUAAGAAGAAGGUGCGCUACUACGCAAUUGGCGACACCUGCCAAGCGUGUGGACUCAAGUUUCACACACGCAAACGACUCUCAGUGCACCUGGAAAAGCAACCUCGCUGUUACAACACAGUACUAGCCUGUUGGCCCCCACUCCCUGCAGCGCAAGUGCAGGAGCUUGAUGCAGACGACAGAACUCAGGAAGCCAACUUGAGAAAACAGGGAUGGUGGGCAUCCAAGGCCUUCCAGCCAGUCCUCGCCACGCUUGGACCCGGCCUUCCCCCAGCAGGUAGCCCUGAAGCGCAACUGAUGCAUGACCGGAUGCAACUCAGGCGUCCAAGUGACGAAGUGGCCUUUACCCAGCUGCAAGGCACCAAAGUUUGCCAAAGGCCGUCUCCAGAGCCCCAACUGUGGUGGAGCCCGGCAGACAUCCCGGCUUUCAUCAUGCACUCAGUCCGUGGGGUCGACGCAGGAGGCAGACACCGUGGUUCAACCAGACUACCACGGAGGCAAAGGCUGAAAGCCGGUUGCCCUUUGCACGCGAACCAACCGAGCACCAAAUG